ACUUGUAGUCACUGCAUUUGCACUCGCAACGACCGCAACGUACGUCGCUUUCAAAUUAUUCAUUGCAAUUUGUUUUCAAGUGUACCCUUUUCUUUGCUUUGCGGAGUAUCCAACUAACACGCGACUCCCGCUGUUUCGUAAAGGCGCACAUGACUAACACUAAGACUAGCCGUCAUGAUUUUACUACAAAAAAAAUUUAAGAAAAAGAAAGUAGCUGUCAAGACGAUCUACAGUACUUCAUCGCAUCUGUAAACGAUGCGAUCGUGGUCUGAAGAAUUUCAUUCGUCACAAGGAUUUUCCUCUAGGAUUAGCCUCAGUCCUAGCCAGCUUCGUGGAUCUCCCGCUCGUCACUCCAGAGUCUGGUAAAGGCGAGGCGAGGCCGCAACUGCUGCUGAUAUUUUUGUGCUUAAUUAUUUGCUUCUUGACACAGCUGCAAGUGCAACUGGAACUGCAACGCCUUCCUCUCGUUCGCACUUCGCGGCCGCUGGCGCCUUCACCAUGAGCAGCAACUCCGUUGUGAAAAAGGUUACCGUCCGCGCACCGGCGACGACGGCAAACCUGGGCCCUGGUUUCGACUGCUGCGGCAUGGCUCUGGACGUGUGGAAUGAGGUUACCGUUGAACGAGCAACCAAGUUUUCGCUCACCACCGAAGGCGAGGACUUGUACGUCGGAAAGACCGAUGAGGACCUCGAGAAAGAGACAAAUAUCAAGGACAAGAACUUUGUCUGCAAAGGUAAAAAGAAAAUUUAACUGACGUUUAUGUGUUCAACUUGAUGCUGUCGAUACCGUUUUCUUUCAUCUUUUUUCCCUUUCACAGCCUCGUGAUUAACCAAGGCUUGAAGUAGAAUCACCUGCUGAAACUAAAAGAACUUUUUUCUCUUUCACACACCUCCAGGCGUUGAAGCCGCGUAUGCGGUGAUGCAGAAGCCCGCGCCCACGUUGAAAUACCACUGUGUGAACCGUGUCCCCGUGGGCAAGGGCAUGGGCAGCAGUUCCGCGGCGCUGGUCGCGGGGAUUUUGGCCGGGCUAGCGCUGGAAAACCGCAGCGCCGACCUGUCGCUGGUGCUGGAAAUCGCUAACCAUCUCGAAGGGCACCCGGACAACGUAGCGCCAUGCGUGUUCGGCGGGAUGCAGAUUGCCACCGCGAUGGAGAAGGUGGAGUUGGAUGACUUUGCGCUGCUGCCGCGCGACCCGUCAGAAUCCUGCUUAUUGCCCCCGAAUUCUUCAUCUUCGCCGAAACACCUCGACAACGAGCACGGCAGUCGGAGGAACUCCCCGACAGCUGCUGGUGCACAACUACUUCCACCACCACCGCUUUUCGAAGAUGUUAUCGACGAAUUGGAGUUGCCGGAAGACCGGGCCGCGGGAAACCUGUUUAAAAGCACGUCCGCGCUGGCCGCACCCGUCCGCGGCCGGAGUGUGACGGACCGAACCGGGACGCCUAGGGGUGAGAGAAGCAAAAAUCGCAGCGGGGGAAGCGGCCACAAGAAGCAGGUCCGGGGGCGGUCGGCGGGCUAUUUAGAGCGCGUGCGGAACAAGGGCGCCAUCAUCAGCAGCCGCAUUCCGACCAAGGAGCUGCAGACCACCACCUCCUACUCGCUGACCAAAGACGAAAGUCUGUGCCGGAACCGGAAAAAGGUGGUGACGUCCGCGGUACCGGUGCCGGAGGCGCUGCGCUGCGUCAUCUUCAUUCCGGAGGACAACGUGCCCUACUGCGACGCGCAGGGUAACGUGUUGGCGGACGCGGCGUCCAAGAGUGCUGACGACGAGUUCUGGGACGACGAGGAAGACCUGGACGACAGAAACGAUCCGGAGUUCGCGGCUUUUCUCGAGGAACGGGCCGCCAGAGCCGGCCAGCCACCGCAGAAUAUUUUGCAGCCUACGGCGGUUGCAGGCCGGGUUGUGUCCCGGACGCGGUCCAUUUCUUCCGAGAAUUUGCAGCGGCAGGCGGAAGUGGAAAUGCAGCAGCAGGCGGAGCGCGCACAGAAGAUGUUUUCGCCGUCCGAUCGCGUGUUCCACCACGACGAAAAGCUCGGGCCUGGAGCUCCUGGUGGUACAACAGUGACCACUUCGUACAACAAACACGCGUUGCCGACGUCCACGAGCGCAGCCUCCGCUUCCACGACGACCACGACGCCAAUGGCUGGUUUGACGGGCGGGACGAGCGCAGGAGGUGAUUUGUCCGGCGACUCCUCGCGGGAGAUUGACCAGACGAGCUCCUCCACGAACAUGUCGAUUCCGCCAGCGAUGGUAGUGGCAGCGGCCGUAGCCGGAGGUCGUGGAACGGACAUGGAUAAUGAUCUGGGGCCGUUGGAAAAUAAUACCAAAACGACCGAGCAGAAGGAGCGGCAGACGAAGACGGAGAUGACGAGGGGGCUGGUGCCGCAGAUUGUCCCACUGGAAAAGGCGGUGUUCAACGUGUCCCGGGUGGCGUUUCUGAUCAACGCCAUGCACACGGGGAACCUGUCUCUGCUUCGGAUCGGCACUCAGGACGCGCUGCACCAAGACGUACGUGCGGAAACCGUGCACCUGCACCUGAAGCCCGUGAUGAAGGCGGCGUUGGAGCAACCAGGCUGCGUGGCGGCUUUUCUCUCCGGCGCCGGGCCGGCUGUCAUGGCGCUGUGCGAUCAAAACGCUGGGCCGAACGUGGUGGAAAAGGUGCGCAAGGCAAUGACGGGCGUCCGGGUAAUUGUCAAGGAAAGUGACGACAUCGCGAAUAGCACCGGAUUGUUUGCUGCUGCUACAACAAAGGGGGCAGAAAAUAACAUCACUUCUGCUACGUCGUCUCCAAAAGCGGCAAAGCCAAAGGCACGCCUGAUCUCGGGGUAUUGCAUUUGCACGAAGCCAAUCACCACCGGGUCGCACGUCGCUCCGCCCAAGCCCUAGCAAGUAAUGGCUUAAUAAAGGAAGCACGUUGUCGUCACAUGUACGUUAGUUUGCGAUUCAUCGAGGUCUCGAGAACAUUCGAAGAAUUUUCAAUUGCGAGCGGUUUCUUUGAGACUUUUGUCAUGCGAGCGGUCCUCUAUCUAGGACCGACACAAACCAACGCGCGCGGAUUCGGAUAGCCACGAUAGAGAGCUGUUAGAUUUCCGUAUCGGGAUGCUCCCUCUGCGUCUUAUUUCCAAGCUCAGACCACUAGUCACUGAGUGUUGCGUUCUAUCAAUUUGACAUUUUGGAGCCUAUCGCAGUAUGCGCUUUUGCUUCACGGCGGAAAACUUUUUCAAAAUUCCUAUUCAAGUAUUACGGUUUUCCAAAAUACAAAGAGGGAAUCGAACCCUGAAUGAUGUUGAGUUUCUAUCAGCAUUGAGCUAAUAGGUGAAAUCGUUUCUUCUUCUAUGCUGGAGGCGCUUGAUUUCAUUUUCAUUUCUUACAAUCAAUGUACAAGGAGAAGCCCACUCUUAUCGUCCGUGUGUGAAAAUACUUGCCUGUGAGCGUUAAGUCGCCGACGCCUUAUUUUUGGCGUGCUUGAGAUGAACUGUUUGAGUUUGAGCUUGACCGUGGUGUGUAGAAAACACGAGCUUUUUAAGCGAUCGCACUUAUGGUAUCGAAAACGCGAAUGUUUAAGUAUGCCUUGCACCUUCUCGUGUUGAGGUUGUAGCACGAGACGGUGCAUCAACGGCGAACUUUUGCAAAUGAAGAUUCGAGAGACAACGCUGUUUCUCAUCACAAUGGAUUACUAGAGCCAAACAUACGAGCAGCACGCAUAUUCGCAACACGACGAGGAGAAGUGGUGGGC